AUGGAUAGAAAAUCUGCUAGAAUAAAAGCAGAGUUGCAAAGAUAUGGUUGGAGAGUUUCGAAGAAUUUUAAAUAUAGGAAGGGAAGACCCAUAAAAGUCUAUGACAAAUUGUCUGGUCUUCGCUACGAGAUGGACUUGGAAACAGCGCGCGCCAAUUAUCCAAACAGACUAGAGAGGUUAGAAGAAGAACGUCUUAUGAAUAUGCCUUUCGAUGUUACUGAGCCUCAAGUUGAAGGACACGACGGCUUUGCCAGGUUCUAUUGGAAACAUGACGAACAAUUGCAUCCUUUGAGAAGGAAAAAAGGAAAAGGUGAAGACACACAUGCUCCCAUGGAAAGAACAAGAUAUGCAUAUGAAAAGUAUCGUGAAGUUAGAAGUCAAAUUACAUCUGGUCGAACCUUUACAGUAAACUUUGACGAAGGAAAGAACAAAGAAGGCUUCAUGGGUGUACUUGCUGCUAUACAAGACGGAAAUAAGAAAGGAUACAAUCUCAGACUAACUAUAACAGAUUUGGACGGUCAUAUAUACUAUGCGCAUGGCAAUGUCACAACAGCCGCACAACUUCUUGACGCUUUCAAGACUACAAAGAGAGAACAAAUGGUUGACUCCGACUCAGACAUUUUGAAUGCAAUUGAAGGAAUUGCAAGCGUGAAGUUCGAAUGGUAUCAACCCAACCCUCAAGCAGUCAGACAACAUGCUGGAUACUUCCCGUUCAGAAAUAAGUCUGACAUUGACUUGACAAG